GGGUUCGUUAAAUGACGUCUUGGAGGUCAGACAGUCACGAAAGUUAUCAUUUUAAAAUGUUUUUGCACAGGAAGUUUGUUCUUUUCCUAACGACAUCAUGUACCAAAAGACGACUUUACCUCUUCACGCAGCACCAAGUGAAGUCUCGUCUGCUAGACAACGUGCUUUGACCUUAGAUGAAAUUAUGUCUGAUUCAAUUACCAAAAUCGCAGAUAAGCAUUUCAGUGGAAAUAAAGUCAAUUGGGAUCCUAAAGUAGUCGAAACUAUUAUGGAGAAGGAGCUUGUACCUUCAAACUAUUCUUCUCACAAAUUACUGCUACUAGAAGUGUCUCACUAUCUGGAAAGGUUCCUCUGGCCCAACUACACAGAAGAAUCUUCUUUAAACCACAUUAUUUCAAUUUGUUUAAUCGUCAACGAAAAAGCUCGUCAAAAUAUUUCUCUUUGGGACGCGUUCGGUAAUGAUGCAGAAAAGUUUUCCUUGUUCUUCAAGCGUGUCAUUCGUUUAUUGACAGAUGCUGAAUUAUCAUUGUUUCUUUCUCGAUCUGUCUUGAUGUUUAUGAUUCACUGCUUUCAAAGCCUCGAAAACGAGUUGGUUCGUACCGAAUGUUUAAAGUUAGUCACAAUCGGUAUUUGGAGUCACUUAGCUCAUCAAGCAAAGCGAGAGGAUUUUUUUGCUGAAUAUCCUAACCUUCAAAAAUUAUGGAACUCGAGCAACAAAAAGAUGGUCGCUGCUGAUGAACCUGUUAGAGAACAGAUGGAAUUUGAAAGAACUUGGCUGAGUAGCUUGAUGAGAAAGUAUAUUGAUAUUGUAUACAAAAUCCCCGUUGAAGGAGAAGUCGACGAAGAGAUUAUUAAAAUCAGUGAACGCUUUUUGGAACUGUUUAUUGAUUUGGAAGCACAAUUACCUACUCGUAGAUUCUUCAACACAUUAUUAGACGAUCAUGAAAUCACUGUGCUUAGUAAAAUGGCACCCUUCAUGCGUCGCGAAAGUAAAGACGUUGAUCUCCUCAAGAAAUUAUUGGAUACACUCUCAUUCUAUUCUAAAUUCGAAAUUAACGAUCAAACUGGUGUUGCUUUAUCAGACAUUCAAAUGACGGAAGCACAUUGUCAACAAUUGAUUAAGUUACAGCAUAUUGUAUUCCGUCAAUUUAAAGACGAGAUCAAGGAAUUACCUUUAGCUAACUUAGCCUCUAUUGAGACCCGUAAAGAUCUUUUGUGGCAUUUUGAACCAUUGUCGGAAGAAACUUUGGUGAGAUUAUGUAAUGCUGUAGGAAUCCGUAGUGCACCUCUGGAUAUUACCAUUGAUGUCGAAAUUAAGGAUUUCUUAAUGAAUGUACUUAUCGAGAAAUAUCAAAAGCGCGAAAGUCAAAUCAAAAAAAUCAACAGCCAGCCAUUGUACCCCGAUGAGGACACCCUUUUCAAUGAUAACUUAAUCCAAACUCAAUUCUACACUGGUGAACGCCCCUUAGCUUUACCAAAGCUCAAUCUUCAAUUCUUAACUCUUCAUGAUUAUCUCUUGAGAAAUUUCACUUUAUUCCGUCUCGAGAGUUCUUAUGAAAUCCGUCAAGAUAUCGAAGACGUUGUCAAGCGUCUUUCUCCUCGUUUGACUUUCCCUGAUAUGAAGACAGAAUUUGCUGGUUGGGCUCGUAUGGCUGUAUCUAUCGAUUCCUUCAACAUCGUCGAUGUCGCUGAAGCAAACUUAGGUGAAGAAAAGCCUUCCCGUGUUAGAGCAGAUGUCGGUUUUAAGAUCAACAAAUUUACAAAUGCAAUUCGUAAAGAAUGGGACAACUUACGUAAGCACGAUGUUAUGUUUUUAUUGACUAUUCAAGCCAUCGAAAAAUCCUGUGAUAAGUUACAAGAAGACGAAGACUUUAGAACACAUUACGGUAUAAAAUAUAUUCGUGGAUGUGAAAUUGUCGAUAUUAUUGGAAAAGAUGGCCGUGUCAUUGACGAAAACUCCAGAUAUCACCAAAAAGAUGAUGUCAGCAAUUGGAAGGGAACUGAACGCACCAUCCGCUUAGAACUUGAUGCUAACCAGUAUAAAAUGGAUAUGGAUAAAUACAACAGCAAGAAGGCUGGAGAUGUUCAUCAAACAUUCAAUAUUCUCGUUCGUAGAAAGCCCCAAGAAAAUAAUUUUAAGGCAGUCUUGGAGACCAUCCGUGAUUUAAUGCAGAAUGAUUUGGUGGUCCCUGAAUGGCUUCAAAAAGUAUUCUUAGGUUAUGGCGAUCCAGCAAGUGCUCAUUAUACAAAGAUGCCUAACCGCUUGACUGAAAAUAACUUUUGUGAUACUUUCCUUGACUGGAACCAUUUAAAGGAAAGUUUUGCGGACAAGAAUAUUGAGAUCGCACAAGGCGAAUCAGAGCCAUUAAAUCCUCCUUAUACUGUUCGCUUAUUGAAUGAUCCCAUGGAGGAAGAUGUCAAACCCACAAAGAAAUCAAAGAAGUCCAAAAAGGCAGCAGCACCCACUGAAGUAAAGAAAGAAACAUACGAAGUAUCAUCUUAUGAAGUGCCUAACAAGGGGCCUUAUUAUGAGGAUAUUCCCAAGAAAAAUUCCAUACGUUUUACUCCAGUUCAAGUUGAAUCUAUUCAUUCUGGUAUGAACCAUGGUUUGACUAUGGUUGUAGGUCCUCCUGGUACCGGUAAAACUGAUGUUGCUGUGCAGACUAUUUCCAACUUGUACCAUAAUCACCCUGAGCAACAUACUUUGAUUGUCACCCACAGCAACCAAGCUUUAAAUCAAAUUUUUGAAAAGAUUGUUGAAUUAGAUAUUGAUCCUAGACAUCUUGUACGUCUUGGUCACGGAGAAGAAGAAUUGAAUUCAGAAAUGAGCUUCAGCAAGUAUGGCCGUGUAUCUGCCGCUUUAGAACGUCGUCUUUAUCUUCUUCAAGAAGUGGAUAGAUUGGCUCAGACCCUUGGUGUUCAUGGUGAACACGGAGCUACUUGUGAAACUGCUGGCUAUUUUUUCAGUAUCCAUGUUACACCUCGCUGGGAGUCAUUCUUGCACAAAGCAUCUAAGCUAGAAUCGAUCGAAGAUAUCAGCAAUAUUUUCCCGUUCACCCAAUAUUUUGCUAAUGCUCCUAAGCCAAUUUUUGCCGACUGUGUUGAUCAAAAUGCCGCUUUAAAGGCUGCUACUGGUUGUUUUACUCAUCUUCAAAAUAUAUUCACUCAACUUGCGGAAGUCAGACCGUUUGAACUUUUAAGAUCUGGAUAUGAUCGUUCCAACUACCUGUUGACCAAGGAAGCAAAGAUCAUUGCCAUGACAUGUACUCAUGCAGCAUUGAAGCGUCGCGAACUUGUUGGUCUUAACUUCAAGUAUGAUAAUAUCAUUAUUGAAGAAGCUGCACAAAUCCUUGAAGUAGAGACAUUCAUUCCUUUGUUACUUCAAGAUUCUCAGGCUGGUAUGAAUCGUUUAAAGCGUGUUGUAUUGAUUGGUGAUCAUCAUCAAUUACCUCCUGUUGUUAAGAACACAGCCUUCCAACAAUACGGCAACAUGGAGCAAAGUAUGUUUACUCGUUUUAUUCGAUUAGGCGUUCCUGCUCUCCAAUUAGAUCAACAAGGACGUGCACGUCCUUCUCUUGCUGAGCUUUACAACUGGCGUUACAAUAACUUGCAGGAUUUGGAAAAGGUCAAAAUAGGAGGUUACACCAAAGCAAACGCAGGCUUUACUUUUGAUUAUCAAAUGAUUAAUGUAGACAAGUAUCAAAACCAAGGUGAAACUGAGCCUGUACCUUACUUUUAUCAAAACCUAGGCGAAGCCGAGUACGUCGUUGCUGUAUAUCAAUACAUGCGUUUGUUAGGAUACCCAGCUGAAAAAAUCUCCAUCUUAACCACAUACAACGGUCAAAAGGCUUUAAUUGACGAUGUUAUGGAGCGUAGAUGCGCUUGGAAUCCUUACUUUGGAAAACCUGCUGCUAUUGCCACGGUCGACAAAUACCAAGGACAACAAAACGAUUAUGUUCUGUUAUCUCUCGUAAGAACCAAGACAGUUGGACAUAUUCGCGAUGUUCGUCGUCUAGUCGUAGCCAUGUCUCGUGCUAGAUUGGGUCUCUACGUUUUCGGUCACAAAUCAUUAUUUGAAAACUGUUAUGAACUUGAGCCAGUCUUCAAGCAUUUUAAUAGUCGACCUGAUAAGUUACAACUUCAACACGACGAAAAUUAUCCCUCAAAACGUGAUGUAGGAGAAAGAGGAGAACCCACCGAGAUUACAGACGUUGAGGAGAUGGGUAAAUUAGUAUUCAAAUUAAGCCAAGAACAAUUAGAAUCCAUGCGUAGCGAAGAUGAAGAAAGAAUAGCUUUGGAAGAAUCCGCACGCAAUGAAAUUGAAGCUAUGGAUGAAAGAAACUAGAUGCAAAGAAAUUAUGUAAAAUUGUAAUAAAAAAAUUUAAAAUAUCAAAUUUAUU